CUAUAUGUGAGCUGCACGCUUGGACAUCUGUGCUCAGUGCUGAGAAAGCGAGAAGAAUCAUAUCAAGUGUGAUGUAUUGGCAAGCACCCGCCUUGUGUUUCCUCCUGAUUCGAAUGUGUCACGGAGGAACAGUCGAGCCAAAAUCUUCUCCUCAUGUGGGCCAAAGAGGACGGCUUCAAUUCAGCAAUGUUUUGUCUCGUGAGGGACCAUCACGGCAUGGCUCGCUCACUUUCACCCUGGACAAUACCAAUAAAUCAGAAUCCAAUGUUGCGCUUAACAGCUUUUUGAAUGCCAAACUCAAGCGCAUGGAUCACUCUGUGCAAUGUGGCGACGACGCCAUGACGCUGAGGGUCAAACGGGUCAGAGCGCCUCGUUUUCUAGUGGAUAGCGGUGAGGGAACUCUCAUCCCAGUCUCUAAAAUGCCCUCCAAGUGUGGCUUUUCUGUGAGGAGGUCCCGCAGAGACGUACUUUUGGACGCUCCUUACCAGGGAUGUUAUGUUACCCGACGGGGCGGUGAGUAUGUACUGCCACUCCGUCUAUGGGGAACACCGAUGACCGUUUCAUGCCCUGCCAUGUCAAUGCCACCCUCUGUUUCCUGUUUUCCUACUGGGAUGACGGUCAAGAUCGGAGGUGUUACGGAAAAAGAUGUCAAAGUGAAAGUGUCGGACACAUGGAGUUCCCUGUCGUCCACGUGCAGCAGUUGUGAACUUUCUGUAGAAGCAUUCUCUGGAGGACUUUCCAUCACUGCCCCCUAUCACAAAGGCUUGUGCAUAGAGACAAAGGAUGAUGUGCAUACUCUGUCAGUACUUCUGGCUGAUGUUGAGCUGUUGGUCACGUGCCCUUCUUUACCAGAGAACAAGCCAACGCCUGCGACAACCACACCCCUUAGUUAUCACCCCCAGUUAGUGUCCCACCCUGAGGCGUCCUUUCAAGCAUUUGCGCAGAGGUUGAAACCUCCUCAGUUACGUUCGGCGCCGCAUUCCGGAAUGAACUUGCAACACCAAGGAAUGCCGCCGUUUAUGCACGAGAUGUUGCCGCACUACCUCUGGUUUCUCAGGCACGCAACACAAGCUCAACUUCAAAACCCUGGAGCUCACCCUGGAGCUCACCCUGGAGCUCACCCUGGAGCUCACCCUGGAGCUCACCCUGGAGCUCACCCUGGAGCUCACCCUGGAGCUCACCCUGGAGCUCACCCUGGAGCUCACCCUGGAGCUCACCCUGGAGCUCACCCGGGAGCUCACCCGGGAGCUCACCCGGGAGCUCACCCGGCCCUAUUGCAUCCACAUUAUGGCUUUCCUUAUGUGCCUCAAUUCCACAUGGCACCGUGGCUUUCCCAACCAGCAACCUCUCCUAUGACUAGUACUACAACGGAGGCUACACUAACUACAGAAGCCCCCACUCAGAAAGUACUUUUAAAACAGCUGUGGCAACCAUCUGGCCAAAUUCAAACGGUUCCUGGUCCUGCAAACACCCACCCUAAGCUGACUGGGCCGCAGGCUUACCAGAUCCCAGUUUUGUACCCUCCAGGGAAAUAUUUCCCUGGCCAACAUAAGCCUUUUUACUACCCGCCGCCUUUUCUGCCACUCUACUACCCGCAUCCUCAGAAGAUGCAUGUAUUUGCAAAUCCUCCAGCCGACCAUCCUUCAUAGGCUAAUCGCUUUAGCAACACGCUAAUGCAAACCCCUUCUCUUCGGUCACACAGGAGCUGGUGACAAGUGACGCUUCACAGGAAGGUCACAGCCAGUUUUUGUCCCACAUCCCCCCUGUUGUAUUUAACAAAAUGGACUUUUGGAAAACCUGGGAAAUAAAAGGUGAUUCAUGA